AUGGCACCCUCCGUUUCCAUUUCCAUUGUGGUGGUAGCAUGGGCUACUUGUAUCUUGUUGUACGGAACGUAUUUGGAGGACAGUGGAGCUCAGUUUGUGGGAGCAUCUGAAUCAUCACUACUACAACUAGAAGCAAAUGCUCUUCUGGAGAGUGGAUGGUGGAAUUAUUACAGCAACAAUACUUCAAGUCGUUGCAAGCACUGGCCUGGUAUUACUUGCAAUGCUGCUGGAAGCGUCACAAAGAUUAAUAUAAUUGGACGGCUCAAUGGAGAUAAGUUAAAACUCAACUUCUUAUCUUCCUUCCCUAAUUUAGUUAGCCUUGUUCUUCGAUUUAAUAGUCUUCAAGGGAGCAUCCCUUCAUCUCUAUGGCUCUUAACCAAUCUCACUCACCUGGAUCUGUCUUCUAACCAAUUCAAUGGUUCCAUCCCCCAAAAAUUAGGAAAUCUGAGGAAUCUCCAUGUAUUAAGUCUAGGUGGAAACAACUUCAAUGGACCAAUCCCUUCAUCUCUUCGGCUCUUAACCAAUCUCACCCAUCUGAAUAUGAGUUUUAAUCAAAUCAAUGGUUUUUUAGCGUCAGAAAUAGGGAUGCUAAAGAAUCUUUUCUUUUUGGACCUAAGUGGUAACAUGCUCAUUGGUCAAAUCCCUUCUACUCUUGCCAAUUUAACUAAUUUGGAAUAUUUGUCCUUGCGUCGCAAUCAAAUUGAUGGUUCCAUUCCUCCAGAAAUAAGCAAUAUGGAGAAUUUGAGUUACUUGCACCUCGAGAAUAACAGUCUUAGUGGUCAAAUCCCUUCUACUCUGGGUCAUUUAACUAAUUUGAAAUAUUUGUACCUUAGUAGCAAUCGAAUUGAUGGUUCCAUCCCUGAAGAAAUAGGAAAUUUGAAGAAUCUGGCUCGUUUAUAUAUCAACUAUAACAAUCUCAUUGGUCAAAUACCUACUCAGAUCAACAACAUUUAUGAGCUACAAUAUCUUGACCUCAGUCAUAACUUUCUCAGUGGAGAAAUACCUGCUGAACUUACAGCUGCACAAAAAGGCAAUCUACAGCUCUUGGAUCUCAGCUACAAUAAUCUCACCGGCAAUAUUCACUAUUUUUUGUCUUAUAUUCUAAGAGUCAACUUGUCAUACAAUUCUUUCAAAGGCCCAAUUCCAUAUUAUUAUGAUCAUGCAUCCAACACCUUAAUUGGCAACAAGGAUUUGUGCAAUCGCAACUUCGAGGGUUUCCCUUCUUGCCCUCAGAUUUCCCCAAAUAGUAACAAAUCAAGUAUAAUCAAACUAGAAAUUUUUGUUCCAAUCGCCAUUUUUCUUGGAUUCAUAGUUCUUGGGGGCUUUCUUCUCUCGAGACCCAAGGUUAAGAAAACUCAGUCUCACUCAAAAGAAACAAAGAAUGGGAACUUGUUCUCGAUAUGGAAUUAUGAUGGACAUAUUGCAUAUGAAGACAUCAUUGAAGCAACUGAGGACUUUGAUCUCAAAUAUUGUAUUGGAACUGGCGGUUAUGGUAGCGUUUACAAAGCAAAAUUACCUUGUGGUAAAGUGAUUGCCUUGAAAAAACUUCAUCAAUUGGAGGCUGAGAACCCAACUUUUGAUAUGAGUUUCAGGAAUGAGGUAAAAGUGUUAACAGGGAUUCAGCAUCGAAACAUUAUAAAACUUCAUGGGUUCUGUUUACAUAAAAGGUGCAUGUUUUUGGUUUAUGAGUAUAUGGAAAGGGGAAGCCUAUUUUGUGUGUUGAGCAAUGAUGUUGAAGCCAUAGAAUUGGAUUGGAGCAAGAGAGUGAACAUCAUCAAAUGCAUCGCCCAUGCCUUAUCUUACAUGCAUCAUGAAUGCAUUCCAUCAAUUGUUCAUCGAGAUAUAACAAGCAACAAUAUUUUGUUGAACAAUAAACUAGAGGGUUUUGUCUCUGACUUUGGCACAGCUAAACUUCUUGACCCAGAUUCCUCAAAUCAAACAUUAGUUGCAGGCACUUAUGGUUACAUUGCCCUAGAGUUGGCCUAUACCAUGAAAGUUACUGAAAAGUGCGAUGUGUAUAGCUUUGGAGUUGUGGCAUUGGAAAUAUUAAUGGGAAGACAUCCAACAGAACUCCUAACUUCAUUAUCAUCAUCAUCUUCUCAAAACGUGAUGUUACAUGAAAUAUUAGAUCAACGUGUGCUGCCUCCAGAUCAUCUAGUUGCACAAGAUAUUUUCCUUGUCGCUACACUAGCAUUUGCAUGCCUACAGACCAAACCAAAGUCUCGGCCUACAAUGAACUGCGUGUCUCAAGAAUUUCUUUCUCGGAAGAAGCCAAUAGCCAAACCUUUACAUACAUUUUCACUAUGGCAGUUAAGGAACCAGAAAAUGUAUAUGGUUGACUCAGGGGAUGAAACUCAAUUUUGA